AUGUGUGAAAUGCAUAUACCAAUGGUGCCCAACCGGUGGAAGGAUGGCUGGAUGGUGCUGGCUCCGAAAGCUGGCAAACCGCUUUGUCGGGCCUGUGAUGUCAGGCCCUUAGCACUGCAGGAUCCGGGUGGCAAAGCAGCCAUCCGUACUGUUAAGGAUGCAAUUCAGCCCUACGUCGAUGAGUACAUGAAGUUCAUACCCCAGUAUGCAUAUUUGCGGAAUCGGGACGGGCAACUUGCAAUACUUCGGGCAUGCGCGCAUCUACGUCAGGUUCGUGACAUGGUGGCGGGGCAGAAGUACACGGUGCACAACCAUCGUGAUGGGCACCGACGGCUGGCCCUGUGUGGCGGUCUGGCCCUAAGCUUGGAUCUGCGAAUGGCGUUUGAUGUGUUACCGCGUAGGUUGGUGGAGAGAUCUUUGAGGGAAGCGAAAAUUCCGGAAGGCCUCAUUUCACUGAUCAUGGCAUGGCUAGUUGGCUCGUCGUAUCACAUCACUCAUGCAGGGGAUGCUUUCACACUCACCCCGACGAGGGGUAUCAGGCAGGGGUGUGUCCUUUCACCACUGAUUUGGACAUGUGUCACGGGAACUAUGGUGCGGGACCUUGUCUCGCGGGGUGUUUCCAUUGCAGACUUGGACCUCUACGCGGACGAUUUCCUGCACCUGGAAACCCUUCAUGACUACGAGGCCUUUGAGCAUGCGCUAAAGCGAAUGGGUGUUAUCAUCCAGUAUUUGCAAGACCAGGGACUACAGGUUAGUAUGGACAAAACUGUGGUGCUCAUGAGGAUUGCGGGCACUCGAUCAUCCAUGGCUAUGGCGAAGAACACCUACAAGCGCAAGGAUCGUGAGGGUAAUGAACAACUGUACAUUAAAAUCCCGACAGAGCAUGCCACCCUCCAUUUGCCGGUUGUUAAGGAGCACAAAUAUAUGGGUAUCAAGGCGACUUAUUAUGGCUUCGAGGACUGCACGCUCAUGCACCGUAUUUCUGCAGCUAAGAAUGCGUACACGCGCCUAAAGCCAUUUCUACGCAGUCGGAAACGAUUGUCGCUGCCAGGGAGGCUACGGAUGUGGUGGACAUGUGUGUGGUCGGCGCUACGCUAUGCGCUUUCCAGUGUCGGGGUCACGGCCUCGGGCGCCACUACGCUCCGGGGGCUCAUUGCUACGCACAUGCGUGCGCUUGCGGUGUCGCCUAGGCACAUUACUGGUGAGACUACGGAAACGCUGUUUGCUAGGCUGGGGGUUGAUGAUCCUGUUCACAUGCUUAAAGCUAUCGCGCGCACGCAAUAUACCAGACUACAGCAGCUCUAUGGGCAGGUGGACCAAGGUGCAGUUACCAAGGACAUGGUUGCGCAGGCGGAGUGGUCUCUUGAGCAGUGGGAUCAACAUGCGGGCAGCGACUCAAGGUCGCACAUGAGAUUGCAGCGACUGAGUGGUGUUGGUGAGGGAGUGCCGUGCCCUCAUUGUGGCCUCUACUUCAUCUCUGAGCUUGCUGUUACAACUCAUAUUGGACACCAACAUGCAGACCUGCAUCGGCAGGUACGGGAGGAAGUGAGCGAGAUGAAGGCUUCGGAUAUGGGUGUUGAUGGUAUGCCCACGUGCCGUUUCUGCUUGAAAAAGUUCCAUGGAUGGCAGACGCUUAAAAGACAUGUCACACUUGGGCGAUGCCCGGCAAUGCACAGUCGGUCAGCUGUGGGUGCCUCAGUCGUUGCAGUGGCGGAUACAGUGAAGGUUGCACAACCGUUGCUCCAACAACACGUGCUGCUACAGCGCCUUGUGGAUCAGCAGCUGAAGCACGAACUCAUAGCAGCAGAAGUGCGACCACAGAUUUUGCAAAAUUGCGGGCUAUGUGGUCAGUGGAUAGCAGAUACUAGGCAGGUUAAGCAGCACAUCAGGCAGAGCCAUCGGGACAUAUGGAAUCAGUUUCAUGCUGAGAUUGAUGACCUUUGUGCUGCAUUUGGUCGUUCCAUCACUGAGAUGGAUUUCUUUCGCCACCUCCUCCCCAACAAGGGCAGCGGGGACACUCAACAAAUGGAAACCGGCGAGCCUGUGGGAACGGACGGAGUCCCCAAAAGGACAACACCAUCGGCGCAGCGUCCGCAGAGACCAACGAAGUGGCAGAAGCAGGGAGCGGGCAAAGGUCAGGGGCAGGGCCGAGGCAACGGGCGACAGCGGGGGCGAAAGGCACAGACAUCGGCACCUUCUUCCGAGCAUUCCACCGAGGACCCGGAGGAGGACUACCCCCCCCAUGUAAUGGAGUUGCUACGGGCCACUGCCAGGUUGGCACUCCGAUUGGAGGAUCAACAAUGCCUGGAUCGGUUGGACAAAGCCUUUCUGAUUCACAUGCGCACGCAGGUGCCGGAGUGUAUGCUGGCCGACAUGUUCAGGAUCAGCGAGAAAUGGAAGGAGGCCAGGGAUGCGGUGCCGCCCAAGGUGGAAUCAUCCCUGCGUGUGAUCUUGUUCAAGAGCUUCAUGGAGGAGUUCAUGUCACGACUUCAGAAGAUCGACCAUGCGGCAGUGAUGCAGGGGUUGAUUGCGCAGGGGUGGCUCUAUCAGGAGGGGACAGAGCACAAGUGGAAAUAUCUCAUGUGGGACGCAACGCAGCAGAAGGAUGUGCCUCAUCCCACGUUGGAUCCCAUUCCACAUGCUCAAAUCGUCCAGGCGGUGCAGACGCUACUCGAUCAUGCGUCGGAUUUGACACUGCGCCGCUACCACGCGACCAGGCCGCUUGUGGAGACCUUCAAGGGGCCGUCAGUGUGCUUCAUGCUGGAGGUCAGCCUGCGAGGAGCGCAUGCGCAAAAGAUGUACCAAGCUCUGUCGAGUAUGGCGCAGUGUGCGGCUAUGAAGCUCAUGGGAGCCAAUCUGGUGCGGGAGCGCAUCAAGCGGAGCCCAUUGGCGGUUCUGAUCCAGAAACUGCUGCAGCCAGUGAUCGAGUUUCUGAUGAGCGGAGUGCGACGCAUCAUGAUGAACAGGUGUUUGAUGUGGACCUCACUGAUACAGCAAUGGCGUCAGCCUCAGAGACAACAUGAUAUUGGUGAGUUCAUGACACAUGUUAUGCAGCAGGCUCGGCCAGAUUCCAUGCAGGGCGCUUGGCAUAUGAUUACGGCGACUGGGGAGGUACGCGAUGUUGGUGACUUUCAUGGGCCGGUGAUGGUACACUUGGACAAUGUAAACAGCAUGCAGUCGACUACCUUGCAGGCGCUGAUAGAUCGCUGGACAGAUGCUGGGGAAGGCAUGCGGCGACUUAUUUUUGAGGCCCCGCCAUUGCUGUGCAUCCAGAUACUGCGAUUUCAUGGUCGACGCCGGAUUCGCAAACUCCUGCAUCAGGUUAUGCUGGGGAAUGGCAGGGCCCACAUACCAUGUCGGGAGCGACCAGGCACUGCAAAUCCUGCAUAUCAUCGAUAUCGUGUCACUGCUAUUUCUGUGCACCUGGGAAAUACACCGUCCACAGGUCAUUAUCGUGCGGUACUGAUGGCUCAGGGCUCAUCUGAGAACGCACUAGGAACUGGCGAGCACGCGGAUGAUACAACUCACAUCUACAAAGGUGCCUUGUACACUGAUGAUGGUUGCGAUGCUGCUCCAGUUCUUGAGGGGGACGUGCAUGCCAUUUCGUGCAACAUGUAUCUCUUGUGGUGCAUCCGAUUGGCGUGA